UGAGAAGUAGUUUUGUGCUCAUAUUGAUUUAAAUUAUAUCUCCCUCAAUUUAUACUUUAUAUUUCUAUGGUACAAUUCACAAUCACUUUUUAUUAGAUUCCGUUCAUCUUUUUUGUCAUGUUCUUCUCAUGGUCAAGUAUGAAUUUCCAAACAGGCGAGGUUUGGUAGUAACUUAUUUUUUAUUAGAAACUUCCUUGCUCUGUCCGCUGAUGUACCAGUUCUGUGCAGCGAGAUUUUGCUGUCAACAGCAUAACCAAUAAACAUUGGCCAGGCCAUAGAGUGUGGCCAUCCUUUGUUUCCUUACCAACAUUCCACUAUAUAUAGGGGAUUGCUGUUUGUGUUGAUGGCUGAAGGUCACCAAAUUAAGAUCAGCAAUAAAAUAAUUUAGAUGCUUCUAUGUUUGCUUUCAUGCGCAGGUGUAAGUGUGAAAAUGUAACGUGAUCAUCCUACGUGUUAUGAACAUUAGAUUUGAAUUGGUCAGCAGCAUCCUGGCCUGCACAAUGAUUCAGUAGAAACACUGUCAGUAUUGAGCAAUUUUGGGGAAAAAGUUGAAUAGUAAUUCAUUUUGAAUUUGGAAACUGUGUCAGCUGUUUAAAAUGCAGAUAGUUCAGGCUGAAAUUGUACCAUCUGUGUUGUAUAUGCCCUGAAGUGGCGAGUGCUGCUCAGUAGAGGUUAGAGAUCUACCUUCUAGCAGAACGAGAUGAGCAGGCAGGAGGAGGAUAACUUGACUGUGUGUUCUGUCUCCUUCUGGCACAUUGGGGUUUUAUAUAUAUAUAUAUAUAUAUAUAUAUAUAUAUAUGUGUGUGUGUGUGUUUUUAGAUGCAUUGAUAGCAGAGGGUAGUUUAUCCACCGUUAAAUAAACUUUAACUUUUUAGUAUUUGUCUUUUUUUUUUUUUUCUGUUGUGAUACAACCUGCACUAAAAACACCAAUUGAGCGUCACAGUGGUAAGUGUUAGAGCCCAAACAGUUGUUAAGUUGUGUUCUGUUUGAUUGGGGAAAAACCCCCAAAACAAAACAUGAAUUAUUUUAAUAAAUACAAAAAUAAUCUUAUCCAAUGACAAAAAUGAUUUAGAAAGUAUUUGUUAGUUUAAAGUUUUGGAUUACUAUAAAAGGGGCCUGUAUUAGAAUAACAAAUUAGGUUCCCAACUUAUUAUUGUGGAAGCUGGUGGAAGUGUGUGAUAGCCAUGUCCAAGUAGGGCAAACCGUCCAGACAAGAUCUGCAGUGAUUGAUUUUAUAAGCUACCUGCAUGAACAUUGAAAUAUGACAACCUUAUGGAAGAGUGACUGACUCCUUAUAACUCCAUUUUAAUCAAUUAUUUUUCUAUUGAUGAAUUCAAUUUUGCAAAGCAUGUUUGUUUUCAUUCAGUGUUGUAGAAAGGUAAAGGGAGGUGACUGAAGACUUAACUGUUUUCCAGACGUGUGACUGCUCCCUGGUGUCAGCCCGGGUCACUCUGCUGACCACUGUAGUUUUCUGGUUCAAAUGUCGUCUGGACUGGUCCCUCGUGUUUGCUUUAGUGCUUACACUUUCCACAAUCUGCCUUUUGUACACGGUUUCUCACACUGCUGCAGUGUGUCAGUGCAGAUAGAUCAGAGGAUGUGUACCUAAGUUUGUGUCCAGCUGAAGUAGUUUAUUUUCUCCUCAUGAAUAAUGUUUAUCACAUUCCCUUAUCAGCUACACCCCAAAAGAAGCGGUACACUUAUCAAUCUCUUGAUCUUCGUGUCAAAGUCCAGCAUCUGUCCCCUGGAGGCUGUGUCAUUGUCUGGGUGUUGACCAUUCAGAUGAAUUCUUUUUUUUUUCAAAUGAAUGUAUUAUUUUUUUGAGUAUACUUGGGUGAUAAUCAUAGAGGCUCAUCAGCAGGCAACAUGUUUCUGCUUCCCUUGUACUACGCACGGCUGAACUUCUGUUCUCCAGACUUCCUACUGGCUGCAGAUGUUCUCUUUAGUGAAGCAUCAAGACAAUAGAGAUGCAGAGGAAAUGAAGUGGCACUAAACUUCAAAGCAAAUGGCUUCGCUGUCGGAAUUUUGCAGUCAUACAGCAAAGACACCAUAAUCCAUGUUGAAAUCCAUGAUGUUGCGCAGAUGUUAAUCUAUAAUUCUCCCUCUCUAUGUUCCUUAGACUGGCAAAAAUGAACUCUCACUUUCUUUAAUCGAAUGAGGUGGGGAAGGUACCGGUCGUUUCCAGUAUCAGGAUUGGGCUCCGAUACCAAUGUUUUUGAGGGGUCAGAUCAGGCCUUUAGCUAGGAUUGAAUGCGCUGAAAGUGCAAGUGAAAUUUACAAAGUUGACCUCCUCUGAAACUCCUGCAUUGUAAAUAUUUAGUGAAACAUCAUCUGAGCACCCAGAAGUCGAAUCUCGUACAUAAAUGAAUGACCUGAUAACCUGAAGAAAUGUUGCAUCUGAGUUGUGCCUCUGCCUUGAAUUGUAUUUCAACCUUGGAAUAUGAUGGAGUGGCUAAAUAAUAGGGCUGUAACAUUUGGAGUUUUGAACGGAGAUGGUCUAAGUUGGUUGCGGUGUGUUGGAUUGGUAAAGAUUAAGUAGCUAUAAUGGCAACCUGACCAAUGGCCCCAACCAACCACUGCUCAUUCAACCUGGAGAAAGGUUGCAGUUUUGCUAUUUGGAUUUCAUCUUGAAGUUUAGAAAAAUAAUAAUACAGUUGUUGUUUUUCAAUGUAGAAAUACUGCAGUAUGGAUAAAAAUCAAAAGUCCAAGCAUCAUUUAUUCAGGUUGAAGUAAUAUUCAACUGGUUGCACUUUAUUUUUUUCCUCAAAGUAUUGUAGAGGUUAACUUGCUGGUUGAUCCUUCGGUGUUGGGUUCAUUGUUGUAAAAAUAAAAUGUGAAUGUGUUUGCGAUUAACUGUUGACUUAUUGUCCAGAAUUAAUUCAUAAUUUAACAGGAAACCUGUUCAUUUUGUCAAAGUUAUACAGGUUAGAAUUUUGUGUUGGAAGCUACUGAUUCGAUUUCAAGCCACUGAAUCGUAUCAAAUCAUAUCUUUCUAUGUGAACAAACAUGGUCCUUGAUCGAAGUAGUUACCUCCAACUAUGACAAGAAUGGAAUAGCUGGGUCAUGACUGCUGCCAUAUUGUUACAACCCGCAAAAAGUAUUUGAGCCUCAAUGGGGACAUGUUGGAGGAAGAACCUUGGCACUCAGUAAAAGGAGAAGAGGAACACAAGUGCAGAGAAUAUUGAAAUGAUAUGUUUGACUAGGCUGGAUGAUAGAGAUGAUUUUAGGUGGAGGAAGCUCACUGGCUGUGGCAACCUCGGAUGGGAAAAGCUGAAGGACAAAGAGGAAUGGUUUCAUGUUACGGUAGUGCAAGCAAAUAAACAUUUUUGUCUUAUCCUCUGUGAGGAAUAAACCCUUAUUUGGUGUAUGUGAAAGAGGAGAUUUUUUAGAAAUUUUAGUUGUUUGUCUGACGAAGGCACUUUCGUCUCACUGGAAUGAGAAAUGAUUUUGUCUCUGUAUAGCUCCAUUGUUACAAUUUGCGACACGAUUUGUUGGCUAGUGUACAUUUAGCAUCUGAGUCGUUUUUUUUUUUUAAUGAAGGCCUUGAAGUGUGUCGGAUUGACGCUUGAGUUCGAUCUGUUGGAGUAUGAGGAGUUCCAUCAUUUAGAUUUAGACUGCUUAUUUGUUUGCUCUGUGUUAAUAGCCCCUCUGACACUUGCUGAAAGGUUUUUGACGUUUCCAAAUUGCCAGUUUGGAUCCAGACAAUGUGACGUAGAUACACAUAGGUGCAUAAGAAAGGCCCAGUCAUGAGGUCGUCCCUCAAAUGAGCAGCAACAUCAGUGCCUCUCUCCUCCCUGUACAAAGUCCCAGGACUCCAAAUCCUCCAAGCGCUAGCGCUGUUGAUCUGAGCCUAAGCGACUGUUGGUGUGAACUCCCUCUCUUUGUCGGCGUGUUUAUUUUUUUUGGAGAGUGCAUAUCUUUGGAAAGUUGGAAUCUCCCUCACCAGGAAGGAAGAAACACAUUUUGAGUCACAGCAUAAGCAUCAACACUGGGGGCCAAUAAGGAGGACACAUAUUGUGCGGAUCUGCAGCAAGGGGCGACGAUGCGUGUCCACGUGCACACAAAGUUCUGUUUCCUGUGUGUGCUCACCGUGCUCCUCAAUCAGAGCAGCCACUGCCAUGAGGACGUGGGCCACCACCACCAGGACGCCCACAAUGACCUGCAGAUUUCCGAGGCUCCGUAUUUGACUAGAAGUACCCUGUCGCCCGAUUUCAAAUCUCCACAAGGCGGCACGCUGGAGGAGGAGCAGCGUUUUUACAUCCAGCAGCUGUUCAGACGUUAUGGCAAGAACGACAAGUUAGACUUCCAGGGCUUCCAAAGUCUCCUGCUCAGUCUGGGCCUGGGGGAAGUGAAGGUGGUGGAGAUGGAACACGAGGAGCUGGGUCACGACCAUGUUGCCCACCUGGGCCUUCUGGACAUGCAGGAGGGACACCACACACGCACGUCGACAGGCGACAGUCAUGGCCAUCAUGAUCAUACACAUCACAAUGCAGGAUCGCAUCAUCCUCAUCACCACGAGGAUCCGAAGCCAUGCAACGAGAACGCGACGGUCCCCACUGCAACUGGGUCAGAGGACCAUGACCAUGACCAUCAUCAUGACCAUGACCAUCAUCAUCAUGACCAUGACCACAAUCAUCAUGACCACGACCAUCAUCAUGACCAUGGUCAUGACCACAAUCACUCACAUGAUGAGAAACAGGAGCAGGGCAACAACCACGGUGGCCAUGAUCAUGGCCUUAAAAUACAGAUCAACACAGACAUUUCCGCCAGUAAACAACUGCUCCCGUCCCAAGUGGCGCCUACCAGAGUCCCUCAGGGCCGACAAGCUACUCCUUCUCCUGUUGAAAGACAAACUAAGAAGCCAAGGAAGCAGGGGCGAGGCAGAGGGCAGCAUGGUCGGGGCAAGACUGUAUCGCAUCCUGGUGACCAGGACCACAGUCACAACCAUGAUCACGAUCAUAAUCAUAAUCAUAAUCAUGAUCAUGACCACGACCACAGCCAUGACCACAGCCAUGACCACGACCACAGCCAUGACCACAGCCAUGACCACGAUCACAACAGUCAUGUCCGAAAAAACAAAAGAGAAGCUCCAGGAUUGGGUCAAACACCAUCUGGUCAUGAUCGAUUGUUUCACCAGCACGAAGAGUGUCUAAACCUGACCCAACUCCUAGAGCACUACGGUCUGAGCUCGGAAUCGCUCAUCUCACCCAGCCAGUUCACCUACUUGUGUCCCGCCCUGCUGUACCAGAUCGACAGUCGGGUCUGCAUACGACAUUUCCACCAGAUGAGCGUUGAGCAGGAGUCGCUGAGCCCUGGUUCCAUUUGGAUCUGGAUCUGGGGCUUUGUGUCCAUCACCAUCAUCAGCUUGCUGUCUCUGCUGGGUGUGGUUCUGGUUCCCAUCCUCAACCAGUCCUGCUUCAAGUUCCUGCUGACCUUCCUGGUGGCUCUGGCUGUGGGCACCCUCAGUGGAGAUGCCCUGCUCCACCUCCUGCCCCACUCUCAAGGUCAACAUGACCACGGUGAACACGGACACCACCACCACGUCGAUAGUGAGGACCUGGUGGUGAAGUUCGACGGCGUGUGGAAAGGUCUGACGGCCCUCUCCGGGAUUUACCUCCUCUUCAUCAUAGAGCACUGCAUCGGCAUGUUGAAGCACUACAAGGACCGAAAGGCGCUGAAGAAAGGCAGCAAGGACGGAACCAUCGGCAGGAAGUUGUCUGAUCACAAGCUGAAUCGACGCUCGGACGCCGAGUGGCUCCAGCUGAAGCCACUCAAUGAAGAGGGCGAUCCGGACAACAGUGCCCACAACGACACGCAGCUCACCGGGGUCCAGAUCCCAGACUCCCCCACCAAAACCCCACUCACCAACAAAACGCCAGAUCAGCAGAAAUCGCCCGCCAAGUCCAACGGUCACAAGUCCAAGCACCACGGCCAUGGCCACUCCCAUGGCGGGAACUGCCACUCGGACCAGGAGAUGAAGGACGCCGGCAUCGCCAGCAUCGCCUGGAUGGUCAUCAUGGGGGACGGGAUGCACAACUUCAGCGACGGCCUCGCCAUCGGGGCAGCUUUCAGCGCCAACAUCACCGGAGGCAUCAGCACGUCGGUCGCCGUCUUCUGCCAUGAAUUGCCUCAUGAACUGGGUGACUUUGUCGUGCUGCUGAAGGCCGGCAUGACGGUGAAGCAGGCCAUCGUCUACAACGUGCUCUCGGCGCUCAUGGCCUACGUGGGAAUGAUCAUCGGCACGGCGGUGGGCCAGUACACGCACAACGUCACCAACUGGAUCUUCGCCAUCACUGCCGGGAUGUUCCUCUAUGUGGCGCUGGUGGACAUGCUCCCCGAGAUGCUGCACGGCGACAGCGAGGAGGACAAGCGCUGCCAGCCGGGCCACUUCCUGCUGCAGAACGUGGGCAUGCUGACGGGCUUCGGCAUCAUGCUCAUCAUCGCCAUUUUCGAGGACCAGAUCGUCCUGGACUUCGGGUUCUAGUCAACCCGGGGGCCAGGAGACGGAGACGUGUUGCAUGAGUCUGUGCCUCCCCCCAAACGUGCGGCUUCAGCUCCACCAGUCAUGUGCCCAUCUAGAAAAGAACAGGUCGCCCGGCCGCCGCUCCCCGACCUCUCGUCGGCUCUCUCAAGAGUCGAGCUGCUCAGGGGACGGCGGCGCGUCGGCGGUCGUGUCGCCUCUCCAUCACUUCCUGUCGUCCACGUGUUGUCUCUGAGCUGUUGCGUGCUUUCCUCCGCGUCGCGUCCCUCCCCCCAGCCCUCGGCUCUGCUCGCUGUCAAUCGUGUCCAUCGUCCGAUCCCCUCUAAUUCUUCCCACACGUCGAUCCGCAGAUUCUUCUGCCAAAGACGCUAAGUUAUGAUCUGCUCUUUUUGUUUAUUAUGCCAAAAGUGUUUAUGAAACGAUCCGCUGGAUAGACUCGUGAAUGUUUCGUUGAUGAAUCAGACGCUGGGUUUCAAGGUGCUCCCUGCUUGAACUGUGGUGCCAACCUAUAGGGACACAACAGUUGCUGUACCCCCCUCCUGAGGUGAGUUAGAAGACCCAGACAAUCGCAGACCUCCAGCAGGAAACGGUGCUUUCAUCAUCAGCAUUCCUUUGCACUCAUUCGGGACGUUAAUCUGGUGUAAAUAUUCUGUGACUGCAACACUGUGGACUGUGGCUGAUGCUUGACACACCCCCUCCAUUUGAGCCCCGCCCCCACACUUCCUUUGACAUUCCAUCUGUCAGCAGUGGGAACACGCAUGUGUGUUUGUGUGUGUGUGUUCAUCUAUCCUGUCACUGUGUGACAUCAUCUUGUGUCUUAACAGUCAUUGUCAGUCCAUCAUGCAUGUAGCAUGAGCGAGGACGGCUGUCCAGUGUGUCUUCACUCUCUGUCCAGCAGAAAGGUCUCGUCUGCUGACCGGGACUCGCUCCGUCAGACGCGGGCAAGCAGGACUCUUAGCGAUAGCACAUCAUUUUUACACCAAUCAUUUUAGAACUUGAAGGCAAAGUCUUGUUAUUUUUUUGUUAGGGAGAAUAUCAGAGAGACGUGAUCUGUUUUGUAGUUUAGUCCUGACAGUAGAUGACUUUUUUUUAAAACCAUGACAUCCGAGUUGCAGCUCUCGUGGCCGCUUCUCUGCAGACAGUGAAAUGAAGGUUCUUGUUUAUUGCCUUUUUUUUUUUUUUUUUGCUUCUUUGUAUAUAUCUGGUUCAUGAUCUGGAUGGGAAAUACAAGUGCUGUUUGCAUCUGUGUAUCAUCAGUGAAUAAACUUUAGGGUAAAAGAGUGUUUUGUUCU